CCAGCGCCGAGUUCCCGCGGAAAGGGCGCGUCGCGUGCGUGACGUCACAGCAAAGCGCCGCGCCGCCUCGACCUCUCCUGGUGCCGGGAGCUGCGCGGCGAUGCUGCGGCUUCUCGGCGCCGGGGCUCGGGCCUGGGUUCGGCCGGCGGGCUGCCGGGCCCUGAGCUCGCUGGCGGAAGAGGCUGCGCGGCCGGCGGAGGAGCCGGGGCCCACUGCUAGCGCAGGUCCUCCGGCGCCCAUACUGCGCAGGUGCGAGCUCCCGGUGCCCGCUCACCGGCGCCCGGUGCAGGCCUGGGUGGAGUCCCUGCGGGGCUUCGAGCAGGAGCGCGUGGGCCUGGCCGAGCUGCACCCCGAAGUCUUCGCCACGGCGCCCAGGCUGGAUAUCCUGCACCAGGUCGCCAUAUGGCAGAAGAACUUCAAGAGAAUUAGCUACGCCAAGACCAAGACGAGGGCCGAGGUGCGGGGCGGGGGCCGGAAGCCCUGGCCGCAGAAAGGCAGUGGGCGCGCCCGGCACGGCAGCAUCCGCUCCCCGAUCUGGCGAGGAGGAGGCAUCGCCCACGGCCCCCGGGGCCCCACCAGCUACUACUACAUGCUGCCCAUGAAGGUGCGCGUGCUGGGCCUCCAGGUGGCGCUGACCAUCAAGCUCACCCAGGACGACCUGCACAUCGUGGACUCCCUGGAGCUGCCGACCGCGGACCCCCAGUACCUGACGGACCUCGCCCGCUACCGCCGCUGGGGGGACUCCGUGCUCCUCGUGGACUUGGCACACGAGGAGAUGCCGCAGAACGUGGUGUCGGCCACCUCGGGGCUGAAGACCUUCACCCUCAUCCCGGCGAUCGGCCUGAACGUGCACAGCCUGCUCAAGCACCAGACGCUGGUCCUGACGCUGCCUGCCGCCGCCUUCCUGGAGAAGAAGCUGCUCUGGCACAGCUCCCGCUACAAGCCCCUCUACCCCUUCCGCCUGCCCUACAGCGACUUCCCCUGAGCCCAGGCCGCGCCACCCAGGACCCAGCCACCGCCCUCCUGCCUGUGAUGGGAGGCCACGCGCUGCCCCCAGCAAGGGGGCCGAGGCCAGGGAGAGGCCCAGCAGGCCUCGCAGCCAGGACGGGCAUCUGGGCCGGGA